GUAGUUAGUAUCAACAAGAAAGUUAAACCAUUUCAAAUCAGACUGAACUCAUUGGAAUACAGAGAUUUGAAAGAAAAGCUAUCAGGGCCAAUUAGAAAUGCUAGGAACAUUGUAAUAAAACAAUCUUUAAGUGACCAGUUUUUGGAAGCAUUCCAUGAACAAGUGAAUUUGAAUCAUGACUUUCGUUUGCCUUUAAAUAUGGAUUGUGAUAAUUGUAUUGGAUGUAUGCAGAAAGAAUCUGAUGUGAAGCUUGUAAAACUUUGUGAUGAUCCAGAAGCUGGUAAUUGUGUCCAGUGUUUUUGCCGACCUAUGUGGUGUUUAGAAUGUAUGGGUAAAUGGUUUGCUAGUCGUCAGAAUCAACAAAGGCCAGAGAUAUGGAUGAGUGGAAAAUCUCCCUGUCCUACAUGCAGAGCAACAUUUUGUGUUUUAGAUGUCUGUAAAAUUGUUAAAUAAAUGUUCAAAUAUAUAAAA